UUUUUGUGUUUGCUUUGGUCACGCAGUUCCCUCCACAUCUAUCCGAAACAAAAUUCCCUCCUCCUUCCCUCGUUUUCUGUUUUCGCAUUUCUCUACGCCUCCAAACCCUUUCAUUUUCUCUCUCUAAACCACACUUUCUCUCUCUAAAACCCUACUUCCCUCCGAUCGUUCCCAUUUGCCUCCAACUUCCACUCCAAUUCCGAUUUACCGCCCAAGCCGCUGCCGUAUUUUCAGGUCAAUGUCCGCCGGUGCUGGUGCUUCCGACCGUGGCUCGCCGAUGCCGAGGGAGUCCGCCGGAGCACCUAUUCGGCCGCCGUUGAAGCGACAUCUGGCGUUUGUAUCGACGAAACCACCAUUUGCACCACCGGACGAGUACCGCAGUUUUGCCGCCGUCGACGCUAGGAAAGUCGCCGAUCACGUGAGUGAAGCCGUUGUCGUUAGAUCUCCGCUUAUAAAGCGGAAGAAUGGAAUGAAUGAGAGUGAAGGAGACUCACAAAAGUGGAGUAACAGCCCUGGAUACAGUACCGUAAUGAAUAGCCCCUUUAAAACACCUUUGUCUGCGAAAGGGGGAAGGGCAAGCAAAUCAAAGGUUUCCAAGGAAGGAAGAUCAUGUCCUCCAACCCCCAUCUCAAAUGCUGGUUCCCCGUCCCCGCUUACUCCUGCUGGUAGCUGUCGUUAUGACAGUUCCUUAGGUCUCUUGACAAAAAAGUUCAUCAAUUUGCUCAAGCAUGCAGAGGAUGGUAUUCUUGACCUAAAUAAAGCAGCAGAAACUUUGGAGGUGCAAAAGAGGAGGAUAUAUGACAUAACUAAUGUUUUGGAAGGCAUUGGUCUCAUUGAAAAGAAUAUCAAGAACAGAAUACAUUGGAAAGGGGUUGAAUCUUCUACGCCUGGUGAUGUGGAUGGUGAUAUCUCUAUAAUACAAGGGCAGAUUCAAAACUUCAAGGUUGAGGCGCGAUUGGCCGACCAAGCAGCAAAUGAUAUGCGUCAAAACGUGGAAAUGCAAGAAAGGCUGAGGAGUUUGAGUGAAGAUGAAAACAACCAGAAGUUCCUUUUUGUGACCGAGGAAGAUAUUAAGGGCCUACCUUGCUUCCAGAAUGAAACUUUGAUAGCAAUCAAAGCUCCACAUGGAACCACCCUGGAAGUCCCUGAUCCUGAGGAAGCCGUCGACUAUCUACAGCGGAGAUAUAGAAUCAUUCUUAGAAGCACAAUGGGUCCCAUUGAUGUCUACCUUAUCAGUCAAUUUGAAGAGAAAUUUGAAGAAAUUAAUGGCGCCGAUCCCCCCACGGGCUUCCCUCUUGCUUCAAGUUCAGGUUCUAAUGAGCAACUAGUGACAGAAAUGGUUCCUGCAGAAUGCAGUGGAAAAGAGCUCGAACCUCAAGCUCUCCUCUCAUCUCAGGCAUACUCUGAUCUAAAUGCUUCACAAGAGUUUGCUGGGGGAAUGAUGAAGAUUGUCCCUUCAGAUGCUGAUAAUGAUGCUGAUUAUUGGCUUCUAUCAGAUGCUGAAGUUAGCAUAACAGAUAUGUGGAGAACAGAUUCUAGUGUCGAUUGGGAUGGAGUGGACAUGCUUCAUCCUGACUUUGGAAUGAUCUCGAGGCCUCAGACUCCAUCGCCUGGACUCGCAGAAGCGCCAUCAACUGUAGCUAACCCUAAUCUUAGGUGAUUUUGAUUUGUUUUUCACUUUGUCAGAAAGUAUGGUCAUUAUUCCUUGCACCGAGGAAGCUAUUUCGAUAAAGUAAUUGUUAGCCUUGUGAAUGUUGAGGAUGCUGUCAGAAGCUGUGGAGUGUCAAGCUGGGAGUUGUUACUACACUUCAGUAAAUCAUUGACUGUCGUGCAUAAACUAGUUAUAGUAGACAUACUAAGCUCAUGGAUAAUUUAGCUUGGUAGUUAGGGCAGUUGAUAGGAGUAAUAUUACCGAAAGUGUUGCUAGCUACUGUAUGAAAUGUAAGGUAGGUAGAUUCAAUGAUCAGUAUCGGGUCAUAUUAUUAGCCAUAAUUGAAGUGUGGCAUUGCGGGCCCUUUUUUUCCUUGAAAAUGAGAUCUCAUGCAGAUGCUGACUGCAAACAACUGUAAGGGUGCAGUAGAUAUUGUUAGGACAGGACCUCCUUAUUAUUCAAUUAUCAUUCAUGCUGAUUGUAAACAUUUCACAAACAGUCUUCUGCUGAUAAAAUUAUGCCAAUUAUUAUUACCCCCCAA